ACCUUUUAGCAACCACUAUAUAACUCACCGACGCCGUAUUGCAAGCGGCGACUUUUCUAUUCAUUUUUCUUCUUGGUGGGCUUGGAGGACGACGUGCCUAUUAAGUUGCCACUACCGGCGGCCACACCACUCCGGAGAUCCUAUCGCGAUUGUUUCGCUCUUUCAGUAUGGUGAUUAAGACUGCUAGGAGAGAUUCAGAGACAAUGGAAAGAUCCGGUUUUUUCAAACUCCAUGGAGAUCCUUCAAACAGCAACAGUAUGUGCAUCUUUUGGCUUAAAGGUAGAUGCCACAGAAACCCAUGUCGGUUUGCUCAUGGUGAAAUGCCACACGAAACCACCAUUCCCAGUUUUGGAAAGCAAUCCCAUGCAUUACCUGCAGAUCAUCCCAGGAAGAGGUCUUACUACCAGACAUCCAAGUAUACCCUGGUUUUGAGGAAUGGAGGAAAGCUCUUAGGCAGUAAUGUUGCUGAGAUGUCACCAGAAAAUCUUCAUAAGAAAUCCCCUAAAAGUGUUCCUAGGAAAUCCCCGGAGAAGGUUAUUAAAAAGUCUUCAGAAAAUGUUCAUAAAGAGUCUCCCAAAGAUGAUUCAGAGAAGUCCUUGGGAAAUGUCGUUGAGAAGUCCUCAUCAAAAACUGUUGUUGAAAAGUCUUCACAAAAUGAUCCAAAGAAGUCCUUGGAAAGGGUCUGUCAGUUUUGGGUACAGGGUAACUGUAUAUAUGGUGAUCAGUGCCAUAACCUGCACUCUUGGUUUCAUGGUGAUGGAUUUAUGAUGUUGGCAAAGCUCCAAGGGCACGAGAAGGCUGUCACUGGGAUUGUGCUUCCUGAAAGAAGCAACAAGCUUUAUUCAGGUAGUAGUGAUGGAACUGUUCGGCUUUGGGACUGCCAUUCUGGUCAAUGUGCUAGUGUGAUUAACCUUGGUGGCGAAGUUCGGUCUAUUAUUUGUGAGGGUCCAUGGGUCUUUGUCGGCAUGUUAAAUGUUGUAAAGGUCUGGAAUACUGAUUCAGCUGCUGGAUACUGUCUCAAUGAACCUACUGGACAAGUCAAUGCCUUGGAAGUUGUUAAGGAUUUGCUUUUUGCAGGAGCAGAGGACGGUGUUAUUUACGCAUGGAAAGGUAGUUAUGAAGCUAAUCUGACUCUUCAAUUGGCUGCUACCCUUAAAGGCCACACACUUGGCGUAACAUCUUUAGUUGUUGGAGGCAAGAGCCUGUACUCUGGUUCUCUGGACCAUACAAUAAGGGUUUGGGAUCAUGAGACUUUACAGUGUAUCAUGACACUGAACGGCCAUAAUGAUGUUAUAACAUCGUUUCUUUGCUGGGACCAAUAUUUGUUUUCUUCUUCACUGGACUGCACAGUAAAGGUUUGGGCUGCUACUGAAGAAGGCAGCUUGGAAGUUGUCUACACACACAAUGAAGAACAUGGUGUUCUUGCACUUAAUGGGAUGACUGAUACAGAUGACAAACCGAUAAUGUAUUGCUCUUGUGCUGACAGUUCUGUGCACCUAUAUGAACUGCCAUCAUUCGUUGACAGGGGCAGACUCUUUGCAAAAGAAGAAGUUGGAACAGUUCAAAUAGGUCCAGGGGGCCUUUUCACCGGGGAUCGGACGGGUUUGUUGACAGUGUGGAAAUGGUCAGCGGCGCCCAGAGUUGCAGUGACUGGAAGUUGAGACAUGUUGAAGACUAGUCAAGCAUUCUUUUUAUUAAUUUGUGCGAGGAUAUGGUGAGAUGGUGACAUGAUUUGAAUAGUUUUUUGAGGGAAAAAAUGUAUUGGUGUCUGUGGGCUUUUUGAACUCAGGUUAUUAUGUAGGAAUUUUCAUCUUCUGUAAAUUGAUAGAGGAUCCAUUCACGAGUUGAAACUGACACAGUGAGAGAAUGAUAUAAUAUGUAUGUGUGGUUUAAGUA